UGGCCGGGUCGGGGAACUGCGCAGGCGUAGCAGGGUCCGUGGACUGGGACUAGGGGUGGAGCGCGCGGGGAACCUGUGCAGAGCACAUCUCUGAAGUACAGAAUUCAAGACAGAAGGUUCAUUCAACCAUGAUGAAUGCAGAUAUGGAUGCUGUUGAGGCUGAAAAUCAGGUGGAAUUGGAAGAGAAAACGCGGCUUAUCAAUCAGGUUUUGGAACUGCAACAUACACUUGAAGAUCUGUCUGCCAGAGUCGAUGCCGUUAAAGAAGAAAACCUGAAACUGAAAUCAGAAAAUCAAGUUCUUGGACAAUAUAUAGAAAAUCUGAUGUCGGCCUCUAGUGUUUUUCAAACUACUGACACAAAAAGCAAACGGAAGUAAGGCAUGGAGAACCAAAUGUAACCUUGUAUCGCUGCUGCUUUUUUGUUUUGUUUUGAAUUGCAUUGGCUACAUGAGUUAAUACCCUAGUGUGUAGCAUCCUUGAAUAUUGAAAGAUUUAAUGGCAGUUCUAGUCAGUUAAGAUUAGGGAUGGGCACGAACCAGGGAAAUCGAAAGGGUUCCGUUUAAACGGCUUUCGUGGGGCGGCGCGUGUACCCAGAAGUGAGUGCCCGUGGGUGACUGGAUGUGUGUGUUGAAGGGGUGGGAGUAAUACUCCAACCAACCUUCAGCAUUACCCCCACUCCUCAACACACACGUCCAGUC